UAGCCGGCUCCGAUGAUCCGGGUCGCCCUAUCCGUCGCCAUCCUGUUACCGAGAGGGGCCAGGCGGCACCGGAGGCGCUCUGCAGCCAAAUGGGCGGCCGGCCUGGGUCUGCAUUCCGCCGUGUCGGAGAACAGGGAGCUCAGGCCGGCGGGACGGAGACUGACCAGGACCCUGUACACAUACCCUGAAAACUGGAGGGCCUUCAAGGCCCUCAUCGCUGCUCAGUACAGCGGGGCUCAGAUUCGCGUGCUCUCCGCACCACCCCACUUCCACUUUGGCCAAACCAACCGCACCCCUGAAUUUCUCCGAAAAUUUCCCGCCGGCAAGGUUCCAGCGUUUGAGGGUGAUGAUGGGUUCUGUGUAUUUGAGAGCAACGCCAUCGCUUACUAUGUGAGCAACGAGGAACUCCGGGGAAGAACUCCAGAGGUGGCCGCCCAGGUGGUGCAGUGGGUGAGCUUUGCUGACAGUGACAUCGUGCCUCCCGCCAGCACUUGGGUGUUCCCCACCUUGGGUAUCAUGCACCACAGCAAGCAGGCCACCGAAAAUGCAAAGGAGGAGGUGAAGCGUGUGCUGGGGCUGCUGGAUGCCCACUUGAAAACUAGGACCUUUCUGGUGGGCGAGAGAGUGACGCUCGCCGACAUCACUGUCGUCUGCACCUUGCUGUGGCUCUACAAACAGGUCUUGGAGCCUUCUUUCCGCCAGGCCUUUCCCAAUACCAACCGCUGGUUCCUCACCUGCAUUAACCAGCCCCAGUUCCUCGCAGUCCUGGGGGAGGUGAAGCUCUGUGAGAAGAUGGCCCAGUUCGACGCUAAGAAGUUUGCAGAGAGCCAGCCCAAGAAAGAUACCCCACGGAAAGAGAAAGGCUCACGGGAAGAAAAGCAAAAGCCCCAGGCUGAACGGAAAGAGGAGAAGAAGGCGGCUGCCCCAGCCCAUGAGGAGGAGCUGGACGAGUGUGAGGAGGCCCUGGCUGCUGAGCCCAAGGCCAAGGACCCCUUUGCACACUUGCCUAAGAGCACCUUUGUGUUGGAUGAGUUUAAGCGCAAGUACUCCAACGAGGACACCCUGUCUGUGGCACUGCCGUACUUCUGGGAGCACUUCGACAAGGACGGCUGGUCCCUGUGGUUUGCUGAGUACCGCUUCCCGGAAGAGCUCACCCAGACCUUCAUGAGCUGCAACCUCAUCACUGGAAUGUUCCAGCGGCUCGACAGGCUGCGGAAGAAUGCCUUUGCCAGUGUCAUCCUCUUCGGCACCAACAACAGCAGCUCCAUCUCGGGAGUCUGGGUCUUCCGGGGCCAGGAGCUGGCCUUUCCGCUGAGUCUAGACUGGCAGGUGGACUACGAGUCGUACACAUGGAGGAAGCUGGACCCCGGCAGCGAGGAGACGCAGACGCUGGUGCGCGAGUACUUUUCCUGGGAGGGGGCCUUCCAGCAUGUGGGCAGACCCUUCAACCAGGGCAAGAUCUUCAAGUGACCGCCACUUCCGUCUCCCAGCCACCCACACCUGGCCCUUGGGGAGGUGGGGAUCAUUAAAGGAAACGGAACAUUGA